AUGAGAGAAGGAGAAAGACAGAGAAAGAGAAAAAGAGAAAUGUGAAUGUAUAGAGAGAGACAGAGAGAGAGGAAGCAGCUGGUCAGUGCUGACAUGGAUUUAGGUCUGAUGAUUCAGGAGGCACAGGGGUUAGCUCAUGUUGCAAGGGGGAAAGUUAGGAGAAAGAUGACAAAGGAGAAAGUACGUUUCUGACGGGCAAAGAAAAGAGGAAGUGCAGGCGAGGCUCGAUGAACAAAAGAGGAGCACGGUGCAACCUGGAGACAAGGUGUUCGUGAAGAAGCUGCAGCACCAGCUUUAGACCUUCUCCUGUGAGAACAGCUGGAAAAUAGAUCUAACUGGUCACAGGAACCAAGAAAGAUUCUGUAGACGUCUGGAGAGUCUGAGUGACUAGAGCUUCACUACCAGUAAAAUGAAGACUGUGCUCGUUCUGCUGGGUGUCCUCCUGCCUCUGAUCAGCUCUGGUCAAAGUGGUUUGACUGACAAGGGCCUGUUUUUCCCCAAACCGUCUGCCAAUUCCUAUGUAAAGCUCACCCCCCAGAAGCCCCUGAAUUUAAAGGCCUUUACUCUGUGUAUGCGUCUGUCUGUGGAUCCAACUGUAGUAAACCAAGGCAACCGUGAGACCAUCCUCUUCGCUUAUCGCACCCAAAAUGGUGAUGAGCUUAACGUAUGGCAGGAGUAUGGCAAAUUCUCCCUCUACCUGAGAAGCAGCACAGAGGGUGCUUUCUAUGCUAUCCCACUUCUCUCCAUCUUCCGCACAAACCUGUGUGUCACCUGGGAAUCCAGCACGGGUCUGACUGCAUUCUGGGUGGACGGCCGCCGCAGCACUCUGCAGGUGUACAGGAAAAACCACAAGGUCCAGUCUGGUGGUGCUGUUGUUCUGGGUCAGGAUCCGGACUCUGACCUGGGUGGUUUUGAUGAAGACCAGAGUUUUGUAGGUGAGAUUUCAGACGUGAACAUAUGGGAUUCUGUGCUGACAGGGGAUGAGAUUAGGAACUUCAAUGAUAAGGUGUGGGUGGGUCCAGAACCGAAUGUUCUUAACUGGAACACUGUGUGGUAUAAAGUAAAUGGGAAUGUCUUUGUAGUGCCAGAGAAGUACAAAUGACAUGUAAGACGCCAAUCUCUGUAACCAGGUCCUGAAAACAAGUAGUGGGCCAUGUUUUCUGCAACAAUGCUGUAAUCAUGUACCAGUAUGUAUGCAAAUCACAAAAUUGUUAAAAAAAUAAAAAUAAAAACACUGCAUGGAUAAACAAACCUGUAUUCUGAAUGUCAUCAAAACAGCAGUACAACAUGGGUGGUUAAACAUUUACAUUACUAACAACAUUUAUUAUUAAAGUGUAAAAAUGUCUAAAUAUUUAUGCUCACUGUGUGUACAAUUAUCAGACAGGCCUAUUUACAAUUAUGACUGGACUUAAUAACACUUGUUAUACAGC